AUGCUCACUUCUCAAUAUGUGCUUGCCCAUAUGUUCACGCUCACAUCAUAUGUAUUCCCUGCCGGUGCAUGUGCUCUGCAGCAAGCCAGAUGCAAGCGUUCGUAUUUGAGGCACCUCAAAAAUAGUCUCCCCCCUCCUCCGCUCCCUCUGUCCCCCCCUCCUCCGCUCCCUCUAUCUCCCCCCUCCUCCGCUCCCUCUGUCUCCCCCCUCCUCCGCUCCCUCUGUCUCCCCCCUCCUCCGCUCCCUCUGUCUCCCCCCUCCUCCGCUCCCUCUCCUUCAAACCCCUCAUGCACCGGCCAGUCUCUGCCAGUGCACGUGCUUCGCAGCAAGUCAGUCCAAAAGCGCCUGCUCGUUGCACUGGAGCCACCCUUUCCCAACCUCCCUUGUUCCCUGCCAGUGCACGCAGCAGCUGAGCUGGAAGCAGUGGCAGCCAGUCUCAGAGAGACACCUGGCAUAACGUCGGUGACUCUGGGGCGUGUGAUUGGUGGAGGCGCCUUGGCUCCUGGAUUUCAGAUCUUCCUGGCAUCACAGUCAGACUCAGAUUACAAGCUUGUAGCACGUGCUGGGCUGACCAUCCAAGAGGUAAUGAUCUUCCUUGACUAA